ACAACCUGAACACAUCAUCCUCCUUCUCCUCACCAGACAAACUGAACAAACACCAGGUCAUCCCAGUUCAGUUAAAGAUCGCGGCUUUGAGGAUGUUUCGCGGCUGGUUGCUGGUGCUGCUCUCGCUCUCGUGUGCUGGACACUCUUGCUGUGCGCUCGACUUUAACUCAUUCAAAGAUAAUAGCGACUCCCAAUCUGAGCACUUCGAGAAACGGUAUGGUGAUAUUGAUUAUGACAGUUUCAUCGGCCUGAUGGGCAGGAGGAGCACAGGAACAAAUCGUGUCACAAAUGCACAAUUCAGACCUAAUAUGAAUGACAUCUUUGUUGGACUGUUAGGACGGAGAAAUGCUGUGUCUGCUAUUCCUGCUUGGAGAGGACAGAGAAGAGUCAACUUUUUCUUAAAGGACAGGAGGCAGAGGUUUUGCUGUGCUGUAUGAAGCCUAAUCUUAUCAGCCAAGAACUCAUCCACCAUGGCAUUAUGCCAUUCAGAUCAAAUAAUAACGAUCUUUGUCACAAAAACCCAUGACUGAGCGGUGUGAACUGAAUAUUUAUUGUCGCAGUGCAUUCAUUCUAGUAUAUUUUGCCUUUGUAUGUGAGAUGUGCAUUCUUACAUCAAAGAUUUCCAAGUACAGAAUGCACCAAUCAGAUAAAUUAUGUUUUGAGAGGUUACUGGGACACGAGGAAGGAAAAUUGUCCUGUUAAAAGAAUAUAGUAUUUGUUUUGAAUCGACAGAUGUUGUAAACCCACCCUUUAAUAUUAAUAUUUAAUUUCUUCAAUGAUUUUAGGUAGGUGUACAUCACAAACACAUUUGACAUGGUAUUCAUAUAGGAGACCACAAAAAAUUAUUGUUAAAAUGUAUUGGAUUUAAUAUGCUGGUUAUCGUCCCCAUUGAUUUAUUUGUCAUACAUUUGCCUCACACAUUUCUUUGUAAAUAAAAGAUUGUUGUGGAAAUUCUGUACAAGAUUCUCUUUGUACAUGUAAUAAAUUACUGAACAGAGAGAAUAAGUAAGCAACACAAGUACCUUUGGAUUAAAGACAAGGGCAUGAAAUCAGAAAUGCAGAUCCACUUCAACAUGAUUGGAAAUCACAUUUGCAUCAUCCUGCUGGUUUUGAUGUUCCCAUUAGUGAUAGUUCUGCUUCAUUUCAGAAAUAUCAGGCUCUCUCUUCAUGUAACACCCGAAGUGCAAAAGCAAUGGAAAGGCCAUUAAUAAUAACUGGGCACUGGAGCAUAAGAAAACACACACAUUCCCCCAAGUCAGACCACCCGUUAUUGGCAUUCUUAGUCAAUACUCUUUGCAAAACACCUAGUGGAAAAAGAUAAUCACUAUAUUGUCAUAUUAAAUAAUAUACAUUAUACCCUGCUAAUGACAAUAGCUCCCCUGAAAAAAUAUAGUUUAAUUUGAAGUAGAUUUCACAUGAAUCCUUUUGCCUCAAGUAAGCAAAUGUCAGAUGUAAAUAUUCUAAGGAAAAUCUAACUCAUUUUAGCUGAGAGGCAUCAGCAGUCCUGAUCCUGAUACAAUGUCUACAAAUAUAGUGACUUUACUCCUCUUAAGUGGUUUCACUGUUUGAGAUCCAAUUCAUUGAAAUGAGCAAAAUUUAAACUUCAAAAAUGUUUUCUGAGGAAGAUCUUUAUACUAGGAGGUAUUAAACACAUUCAAACAUGUCUUACUAAACUGCUCUUUAAAAUAACGUACUAACUCAAGAGCAUAUAUGACUUGCUUUUCCUCAUAUUUGAAGUGUGUAGUGUUUUCCUUCCUUGCGCUAGAGUGCUCCUUUCCACAAUAAAACAAAAUACUGCAGACAUUUCCAUUGCUCUUGCACUUUUAGAUAAAUAUUCACAGCAAGUGCGACGAACAUUGGAAUUCACACAAUUCAUACAUUUUUAAAGACACUUUAAUAAGAAAAGCAAUCAUAUUUCAAUUCAUUUUCAUUCCCUUAUGAAUUUUAAAAAGUAUUUAGGUAGCAAAAUAAGGAUAAUUUCACCAAGAAUAUAUUUGUUGACCAAGCAUCUACAGUAUGCAUUCGCUUGCUUAAUCUUAUGAAAUCUUAUAUCUUAUGUGCCUUCAACAUCAUUCUGUUCAAAAACUGCUUCAAAAGUUACAUUGUGCUUGGAGUUGUCACAGGGCAACAGUGGUUUGGAUUUAAAUAAAUUUUCACUCAAAUUCAAAUAAACAUUCAAAUAAAUUCAAACUUUAUUUGAAUUCCUUCAUUAAUGUGCCAUGCAUUUAUAUCAGAGACUAUUGGCACAAACAAUAAACAAGUGUUGGUAAAGAUGGAAUUAAUGUGGCUUUCUCUGAUGAACAACUGAUGAAGCCUCUUCUCAUGGUUAAAAGGGGUUUAAAUCCCAACUUUCAUCUUAAAAUCUCUGCCUGUUGUGGUUUAAACAUUCUUAGCAAUGGAAUCAUUUUCUACAUGGACCAUAGUGGAAUAGAGAUUGAAUAAUACACUUAAUUAAUGGUCCAAUAGACUAAAAACCUGCACAAUUACACAGAUGAACUGCAUAUGCAAACAAAAAUAUUUGAGAAAUAAGAGAAUAUCCACACAGUUAAUCUCAACACACAAUGUUAUGGCACACACAGACUGUGUAGACGUUGCUACACUAAAGAUAUUAAUAAAAAUCGGUGUGCAAGAGUGAACUGGGGCAACCCUGACAUGCUAUUCUGAAUUAAAAGCUUCACAGUCAUAUUCCAGUUAUAGUGUUCUGUGGUCUGAAGAAUCCAACAACUCAAAUGAUAUAGGCCUCAGAGUGUGUAACACUAUGGAACUCAUUUCCAAGACCACAAUUCCCAUUAGGUUAAAAGAACAGCACAUACUUUAGCCAUCUGAUCUACCUUGCUUUAAUUCUCUUUCCCAAGAGUUCAUGAACAACUAUUGUACAAGCCAACAGGGUAUUCAAGUUUAGCUAAUCUGCAUUCUUGAAGCUUUCUUGACUUUCUGAGAAGGGUUGGCAUAUUGAUGCUAAGGGACUAUUCCUUGUUUAGCUAGGAUAACAUCAAAAUUACUAGAUUCAAGUGAAUUCUACACCUUACAUUUGGCAAAUGUUGUAGGUGCUGUGAAACACAGCUGGAGCUCGAGUGUGUUUGCUGAAUUUGACUGCAAACCUCUACAGACACAUAUUAUUUAGGGGGAGCAAAUUAAAAGAAAUCAAGGCCUAUUUUUGGGAACAGAAUAUGACACUGCUGCUUAAGAUUACACAGUACCUCAACACUGUGGAGAGCAAACCAUUUUUCCUUAAAAAAAAAAAAAAAAAAACACCAAAAA